AUGGCUGCAGUCCAACAACCCGGCAUGCAGCAGCCGCCCAACAAUGCUGGCAUGCCCGCGGCUAAUGGCAUACUGCCCGCCGGCAUGACAAAAGAGCAAGUCCAGGCUCUGUAUAAGAAAUACCAAGUCAUGAAGCAUAAUGGCACGCCCGACACCGACCCCGAGAUGAUGAAGGCCCGCACUAUCCUGCAGCAGAUUCAGCAGCGAACCGAACAGGUCAAGCGCAUGCAGAUGAUGCGCCAACAGCAGCAACAGGCCCAGAUGAAGCAGCAAGGAGCCAUGCCCAAUGGUGCGCCUCCACAACAGCAGAUGAAUGGCGCUGCCAUGGCCACCUCACAGCCUGACGGCCAGGCAGUCAACAUGGGCGCAGCGAACGGGACUUCUCAACCUGCACCAGCUGGACCCACGCCAACAAACAGCCAGCCGGCCCAAUUGGAUGGUGCAAACGACCAAGCUGCCUUCUCGAAGGAUCAGAUCAUGACCCUCCGCGCCCAAAUGCAGGCCUUUUCACAUCUUCAAAAGAACGUCCCCAUUCCUCAGGCCGUGGCAGAUCGCAUCUUCCCUUCACGGCAAGAUCAAAAGGCGCCGACUCCUGCUGAUGCUAUGGCUGCAGCUGGGAAAGUCCUGGACGAUGCUGACGAGACUGGCGAAGAGGAGGGCCGGCCACGACAUCGCUUCGAGACUUUUACCGACCCUCACGAACUUAUCCUCAAGCAAAUCAGCUUCGCAGAUCACUCGCACCGUCCAUACCGAACCAUGAUCCCCAGCAUCAUGCCACUUGGUGUCGAUCCUGAGCGUGUACGGGAAGAGCGAGAGAAUGUCGUCUACAACCGAGUGCUCACACGGAGAAGUGAACUUGGGAAGCUGUCUGCAAACAUCGGUGCUUGGGAUACCAGCAAGUCAGAUAUUCCAGAAGACAACGUUGACCUCAAGAGACGGGCACUUUUGGAGUACAAGAUGCUCGCUCUGCUUCCAAAGCAGCGCGAGAUGCGGCAGAAGAUCGGACGAGAGAUGAUGUUGUCUGACAACUUGUCAAUGACGGCGAAUCGGUCCAUGUAUCGACGUGUCAAGAAGCAAUCGUUGCGUGAAGCUCGAGUGACUGAGAAGCUGGAGAAGCAGCAACGCGAUGCCGCCGAGAACAAGGAAAAGAAGAAGCACAAUGAAUACAUUCGGUCGAUCGUUCAGCAUUCGGACGAGAUUCGAAACAGCGCCCAUCAACAGAAAGCACGCGUGCAGAAGCUGGGUCGUAUGAUGAUGAACCUCCAUGUCAACAUCGAGAAGGAAGAGCAGAAGAGAAUCGAGCGCACGGCGAAGCAGCGUCUGCAAGCCUUGAAGGCCAACGACGAAGAGACCUACCUCAAGCUGCUCGGCCAGGCCAAGGAUUCUCGUAUUUCUCAUCUGCUCAAGCAGACCGAUGGCUUCUUGAACCAGCUCACCACUUCCGUCAAGGAGCAGCAGCGCAAGAUGCACAACCUGUACGGCACCGAGGUACCACCCGACGACGAAGAAGAUCCCAUCGUGGAAGACGAGAUGGACAGCGAAGACGAAACCAAGCCAAAGGUCGACUACUACGAAGUUGCUCACCGUAUCAAGGAAGAAGUCUACGCUCAGUCGAACAAUCUUGUCGGUGGUACGCUGAAGGAGUAUCAACUCAAGGGUCUGCAAUGGAUGAUCUCGCUCUACAACAACAAUCUAAAUGGCAUUCUGGCCGACGAGAUGGGUCUGGGCAAGACUAUUCAAACCAUCUCGCUCAUCACAUACCUCAUCGAAAAGAAGCAACAGCAUGGACCGUACUUGGUCAUUGUACCACUCAGUACGUUGACGAACUGGAACAGCGAAUUUGAGCGUUGGGCGCCGAGUGUCCAGCGAAUCGUCUACAAGGGACCUCCGAACCAGAGAAAGCAGCAUCAGCACCAGAUCCGAUACGGCAACUUCCAAGUACUCCUCACCACGUACGAAUUCAUUAUCAAGGACCGACCCAUUCUCAGCAAGAUCAAGUGGCUGCACAUGAUCGUGGACGAAGGUCAUCGAAUGAAGAACGCACAGUCGAAGCUGAGCAACACAAUUUCCACGUACUAUCACACACGAUACCGCCUGAUUUUGACCGGUACCCCACUGCAGAACAACCUGACGGAGCUGUGGGCGAUGCUGAACUUCGUGCUACCCAAUAUUUUCAAGUCGGCGAAGUCUUUCGAUGAGUGGUUCAACACACCUUUUGCCAACACCGGUGGCCAAGACAAGAUGGAGCUCACUGAAGAAGAGAAGCUGCUCGUCAUUCGUCGUCUGCACAAGGUUUUGCGACCGUUCUUGCUACGUCGUCUCAAGAAGGAUGUCGAAAAGGAUCUGCCCGACAAGCAGGAACGUGUCAUCAAGUGCAGCCCAUCCGCACUUCAGGCCAAGCUCUACAAGCAGCUCAUGUUGCACAACCGCAUCAACGUUGUCGGCGCCGACGGCAAGAAGACUGGUCUCCGUGGUCUGAGCAACAUGCUCAUGCAGCUGCGCAAGCUCUGUAACCACCCUUUCGUCUUUGAAGAGGUCGAGGAUCAGAUGAACCCGCAGCGACUAACGAACGACUUGAUCUGGAGAACUGCUGGCAAGUUCGAGUUGCUUGACCGUAUCUUGCCCAAGUUCCAAGCUACAGGUCACAGAGUCCUGCUCUUCUUCCAGAUGACCCAAAUCAUGAACAUCAUGGAAGACUUCCUUCGCUUCAGAGGCAUCAAGUACCUUCGACUGGACGGAUCUACAAAGGCAGACGACCGCUCUGAUCUGCUGAAGGAAUUCAACGCCCCCGGUUCAGAAUACUUCUGCUUCUUGUUGUCGACUCGUGCUGGUGGUCUGGGUCUCAACUUGCAGACCGCAGACACGGUCAUCAUCUACGACUCGGAUUGGAACCCUCAUCAGGACUUGCAAGCGCAAGAUCGUGCCCAUCGUAUCGGUCAGAAGAACGAGGUGCGAAUUCUUCGUCUUAUCACGAGUAGUUCCGUGGAAGAGAAGAUCCUGGAGCGUGCCCAAUACAAGCUGGACAUGGACGGCAAGGUCAUCCAGGCUGGUAAAUUCGACAACAAAUCUACCAACGAGGAACGUGACGAGAUGCUGAGGGUCAUGUUGGAGUCUGCCGAAGCCGUCGAGAACAUGGAAGCUGAGGAAAUGGACGACGACGACCUCAACCUCAUCAUGAUGCGCAACGACGACGAGCUUGUGACCUUCCAACAGAUGGAUCGCGAUCGUAUGAAGAAUGAGAAGUAUGGUCCUGACAAGAAAUACGCUCGUCUUCUUGGUGAGAGCGAACUGCCGGACAUCUACAUGAGUGAGGAGAACCCGGUCGUGGAAGAGAUCGAGUACAACCUGGGUCGUGGUGCUCGUGAGAGGACUAAGGUCAAGUAUGACGAUGGUCUCACCGAAGAACAAUGGCUCGAUGCCGUUGACAAUGACGAUGACACUAUCGAAGAGGCCAUUGCUCGCAAGCAAGCCCGGAUCACCAAGCGUGUCGUAAACAAGGAUGCUCGUGCGCGACGCGAGACUGGAGUCGAUACGCCGCCUCCGGAGAAGGACAGCGAGGAAGAGUCCCCAGCACCGAAGAAGCGCGGUCGCAAGUCUGGCGGCAAGGUUGAGAAGCGCAAAGCUGAUGAAGCGUCCCUGGAUGGUACUGCUGAGCCUCCUGCGAAGAAGCGUGGACGCAACCAGAAGGCUGUUGAGACGUUAUCGAAGGAAGACCGCGAGUCGCUGCAGACCAUCCUCGACAAUGUGCACGAUUCGCUGCAAGACCUUGAAGAGGAGUCUACAGACCCAAAUCUGGCCAACCGUGGCAUCAUCGACCCCUUCUUGGAGCUGCCGCCUCGACAGUACUACCCUGACUAUUACGACCUCAUCAAGAAGCCCAUCUGCAUGAAGCAGAUCGAGACGAAGAUCAACAAGAAGCAGUAUCAGAGCCUGAAAGAAUUCAACGCGGAUGUUGGUCUGCUUUGCAACAACUGUCGGCAGUAUAACGAGGAUGGCAGCGUGCUGUAUCAAGAUGCUAAUCUCAUCGAGUCUGCAUGUCUGGACAAGCUUCGCGAAGAGACGGCCAACUAUCCCAAGUGGCAACAAGAUCUGGAAGACGAGAGCUCGGUGGCCGAUGGCAACUCAACACGUCCAAUGUCGAGCGUCAGCACACCCCAACCAGCCAGCAAGCCGAGUAUCAAACUCAAACUCAACGGCGCGAGAGCUAACGGCAACUCAUCGCGAGGCGGGACUGAGAGUGCCGCGCAGAGCGAUGAGGAGUAG